AUGCGAAACGUUCGGCGUUACCAUAUCAGCCUGACCGUCUCAGCACCCAGCGUCGACAAGUAUCCUGCAAAACAGCAUGCUCGCAAAGUCGCCUCGAAACUCGGAAUCUCGCGCGGUCUCAUCUAUCUCAUUGGCAAACCAACCGUCCUGUUCGAUGACUCAGACCAAGCUGAGGCUUUUCGUCAGCGUCGCUAUUUUUAUUACUUGAGCGGGGUCAACAGCCCGGACUGCCACCUUACCUACGACAUACACACAGAUCUCCUAACCCUAUACGUGCCCGAUUUCGACCUGCGACGAGCGGUAUGGAUGGGACCGACACUUACAGUUGAGGAGGCACUAGAGAGCUAUGAUAUCGAUGAAGCAAGAUACGUGAGCUCCCUCGAGAGCGAUAUAGAUUCUUGGCUCCGACACCAGAAACACAACUCUCGAGUUUUCAUCCUCCACCCUGACCAACGGCCGCCGUCCAUAUAUGAGGAGGGUGCUCUGGAUACCCAAAGCCUCCAACCUGCCAUGAAUACAAGCCGGGGCGUCAAAGAUGCCAGCGAAAUCGAAUUGAUACGACGCGCAAACAAGGUCUCGGCUUUGGCGCAUACAGCUAUAUUAGAGAAUAUAGGCACCAUGACGAACGAAUCAGAAAUCACUGCUCUCUUCCUCAAAGUCUGUAUAACGCAUGACGCGCCGGAGCAGGCAUAUGGAAUCAUUGCCGCUGCAGGCGAGAAUGCCGCCGUCCUCCAUUAUAUGAAAAACAACGAGCCGUUUGGGUCCAGACCUUUGGUGUGUCUGGAUGCCGGCGCCGAGUUCUCUUGCUACGCCUCGGACGUGACCCGUACUUUCCCCAUUGGCUCCACAGGGGAGUGGCCAAGCGUCGAGUGUCGCGAGAUCUACCAUGCCGUGGAAAGAAUGCAGGAAGAGUGCAUCGCGAUGAUCCGACCUGGCGUGCAUUUCCGCGACGUCCAUAUCCACGCUCACAUCGUUGCCAUCGAGGAGCUAUUAAAACUCGGCAUUUUCCAUUCCGGAAGCGUCGAGGAGAUCAGACAGUCCGGGGCCUCGACGGUGUUUUUCCCGCACGGCCUCGGUCAUCAUGUCGGGUUGGAAGUGCAUGAUGUCUCAGAGAAGUCUGUCAUGGCGCGUGCCGAGGACAGUGAGCCUACCAUGGUCCCAGUUUCCGCGCGCUCGCCUUGUGCUCUGUCGGCAGUGCCAUUGGAGGAGAAUAUGAUUGUGACGGUCGAGCCAGGGAUUUACUUUAACCGAGACGCCAUUACGAAUGCGCGACAGCUGCCGUUUGCCCGGUUGAUUGACUUUGAUCUGGUGGAAAAAUAUAUCCCCAUCGGUGGGGUGAGGAUCGAAGACGAUAUUCUUGUCACGGCUGGGGGGUAUGAGAAUCUCACCACGGCUCCGAAAGGCGAGAAAGCGUUGGAGAUCAUCCGGAAGAGCAAUAAGCAGAACAAAUCUACGUGA